GUGGAUCGCCUUGGUCAAGCUUUACAAGACCGCUGUAUGAAGACCAGGCACAAGUAUCAUGUCAAGUGGCCCAAUGCAUUAUGGCACAUGGACAGUCACCACAAAUUGAUUCAGUGGGGGAUCAUUAUCCAUGGAUUCAUCAAUGGGUUUUGCCACAUGGUACAUUUAUCAGUUGUCUAA